UUUCUUUGCUGGCAACGUUGCUUAUCCCAAACUCCAGAUACAAAUAAAGCUGAUGGUUCACUAGGUGACAUAACUAGUCGGAAUUCAUAACAAUGAGCGGAACAACAUUUUACGGUGUUUCUUUACUGGAGGGGCAGGAACAAGGACAGCAGACAGACUUGGUUUUCGAGGAUCGAGUUGAAGCUUUGAAAAUUUGCAAAAAAUUUAAAGGAGCUCGGUUUAAAUGCUUUACGGAGCGCGAUGAAGCCGUUCUGUUUACUCAAACAAAACAAACCCAACCUGAAACCGAUGUCGUAAUAAAAGAAUUACCAAGUGAGAAAUUACCAUUCCCUAAUCCAAGCCCUCAAGAACUAUUGCUUUUUCGAAGAACUAUAGAAACAGGAAACUGUGAAGAAUUUUUGUUCCUUGUUUGGAAAAAUCCGAGAUUCCUCAUAAGUGCAGGUGAUACACCCACAAUGAUCAGAGAACGCUACAGAUAUCAUGGUCUUUUACUGGCAACCUUUAAAAAAUCCUUUCCCAUCUGCAGAGCUCUUUUAGAUACAAUUACUGAUCCAAGCUUCAUAGGGCUCUUGUAUGUAAAUGAUGCGGAGCAUGUACGGAAAAAUCGCAUGUUUUAUUUACUAGACACCUAUCUAAACACACCUGAUAAAUUCCUUAAUGAAACUCCUCUGCAUUUUGCAUCAAAGUUUGGGUUGUUGAAUAUUUUAGAAUUAUUCCUUUCUUUUCCCGAAUGUGAUCGAGAACGCAAAAAUACUAGAGGAGAAACACCUGCUGAUAUUAUCUGUUCUUCUUGUAAAAAUCCUUCACCAGAAUUAGAAGCACAAAUGAGAUCCCUUCUAAGCCAAAGAUAUUUUGUACCAGUACUUAGACCAAUAGACCUUUCAUCUCCAGCCCGCAUUGGCAAGCCAUGGUCACCAGAUGUUACUCCAAGAUCGCCAGAAUCUCUAAUGCCAAACUCACCUCUGAGCCAUCAAAAGUAUCCGGUUGAUUCGCAGAUGAUGCUUCAAGCACUAGCUGGUCCUAUGUCACCAGUCGAAGCAGAACUAUUUUAUCAACAAAUGAAAACUCCACCUGUUCCCAAGUUUUAUCAGAAUCGACUCAGUGAUAAAAAAAUGACACCGAAAAAAAUGAUGGACAGUAGGUUAUCGGAUAUCGACAAGGGCCUCGAACGUGUGGGCCGUAAUAUUGCGCAAGACCUAAAUGUACCAUGGAGUGAGUACUGGAAAUUCCUUGAUGAAUUUUGUGAUCUAUGCUCCAGUGAAGGGUUGAGGAAACUAGAAAACUAUUUUCGCCGAAAGCGAAGUGAGGCAGAAGAGUGUCAGGCUUCUUCCAAUCUGGAAGCCAAAAGCCCGUUAUCGGAUCUUUGCAACAAAUUGAGCCAACUGCACCUUCAGUCUCCCGAGAUACUUGAAAACGGAAAUGACGAGUUUUUUACCCCGCCGUCUACUCCACCCGCUACUUUCUACGAAAUAUCACCAUUUUACAUUUUCGGUUCGCAACCAAGCAAAACUGAUGUCGAUGUACUUCGAGUACUAGUAAAUGUUGAAUUAGAUUUUUUAAAGUAUCCCAAUGUGUCGAUGUGGAAAGAAAAUAUGAUGCAAUAUAACGAAGAUCACCUUAACAAGCUGAAAACUCCGGCUAGGGCUAACAUCAUGAGUAGUGCUCUGAAAUCUCCGUUGCCAGAAACUCAUCCACAUUCUCCGCGAGUAUCUUCCAUAGCUAAGUGCUUAAAUUCACCAAGGAAAACACGUGGCGUUCCUGUAGUUCGCGCCCGCCUCUCCGAGAGAUUCGAAGACUCCUAGUUCGCGGCAUCACGGGCCACCAAUUCCCCUACUCCUGUGUUACAAUUUCCUUACUUUCCAAUCUAAUUUGCGCGGACUGAUGCGUGCUUAUGUAUAAACAAGUAUGUCCGCCGCUGUCAUAAUAAGGUUAUGAUAAUGUCAAGAUGAAUCAUUCUACUGUGUAUCCAUUAACUCCUUCGAUUGUACAUUUGAAAAAAAAGAAACAAAUUGAUUCACUACGGAUUUUCA